CAGUUCAUCCCAUCUGAGAAUUCAGAUCAGACAAUUGAAUCACUGCUGAAGAGAAGCUGAGUAAGGAUGGCAAAGCUCGCUGUGUUUGUCUCUGUACUGUUGCUGUUGGUGGUGGCGCUGGUGGAGCAGAGUGAAAGCAGUCAAGUGAAGGUUUGCUGCACAGAGUACAAUGAAAACCCAAUCCCAUUCAAAAGGUUGAGAUACUACGUAGUCCAGGACAACAAUUUCUGCAACAUCAAGGCAAUAAUCUUUGUAACAGUGAAAAACAGACUUGUAUGUGUGAACCCUGACUCAAUGUGGGUGAAACGUGCCAUGGAGUCUGUGCCAGAAAAAAAAAUGCUGGGCAGCCUCUACACUAAUGGACCAUAAAGACACAAAGUCGCACAAGAUGAACUUAAUGUAUCAUUUUAACGUCAAUGAAUUUAAUAUUUUUGUAUUUCUUUAAAUAUGCCAUUUUAAA